UCUUAGAGCCAUGUUAGCACAGUCAGCCUUGUUAGCACUAAGAGUCAUGUUACUCUUAGAGCCAUGUUAGCACUGUAACACGGAUGUGUAUCAAUCCUCCACUCCGGGUAAAACUAUCGUGACAAGUGAUUGGGCCUUUCUUCCGGAAUCUGUCCAAUCAGCGCCCGUCUUCCUGGCCUGAACAUACAACAAGGUAGACAUUUGUCCUGUGGUCUUUCCAAAACGUGUUCUGUAUGUGUGCAUCUCUGCACUGAGUUGUGCAACAGCGAAUGACGUCGUGCAGCUGACGUGGAUUUCUAACCCCGGAUGAUUAGAAAAAUGGAUAUACAAACAGAAGAAUCCAAUUAUUUAGAAAGUAAAGAAUCUAGUUUCAAGUCGGAUGAAUCCGGUACAAAAAAUGAUGAAUCUAAUUUCAAAUUGGAUGAAACCAAAACCAGAACUGCUGAAUCAUGUAUAAUAAUAGAUAAAUCUAUGUUAAAAAAUGAAGAAUCGAUUGCAGACAAUUAUGAAUCGAGUGUUAAAUCUAAAAUAUCGAUAGAAAAAACUGAAGUCUCAAGCGCAUGCGCAAGCGACUCCCUUGCUAUGGCUUCUGUCAGUGAAUUAACCCUUCAAACAGAAGCCACCAAUGAACCAACUUACCCCGUACCAGACGAAACCACACAUGCAGUCACCAAUGAACCAACACACCCAGUAGCAGACGAAACCACACAUGCAGUCACCAAUGAACCAACACACCCAGUAGCAGACGAAACCACACAUGCAGUCACCAAUGAACCAACCCACCCAGUAGCAAAUGACAUCACACAUGCAGCCACCAAUGAACCAACCAAUCAAAUAGCAGGCGACAUCACACCUGCAGACACCAAUGAACCAACCAAUCAAAUAGCAGGCGACAUCACACCUGCAGACACCAAUGAACCAACCCACCCAGUAGCACACGACAUCACACCUGCAGACACCAAUGAACCAACCCACCCAGUAGCACACGACAUCACACCUGCAGACACCAAUGAACCAACCCACCCAGUAGCACACGACAUCACACCUGCAGACGCCAAUGAACCAACCCACCCAGUAGCACACGACAUUACAUCUGCAUCCACCAAUGAACCAACCCACCCAGUAGCACACGACAUUACAUCUGCAUCCACCAAUGAACCAACCCACCCAGUAGUAGACAAUACUCAUCCUUCAUCCACAAUGGACAGGUCUAACGAACGUUCCGUGAAAUCACGAGACUUUGAGUUCUGGUACGCUCCAGCGAGAUCCAGCGAUCUCCAACAUGGCGGCCCUCAUCAACAUGGCGGUCAGCACCAACAUGGCGGCCAGCACCAACAUGGCGGCCAGCACCAACAUGGCGGCCACCACCAGAGUGAGGUUAGAGACCAAAACGCUACUUUGGAAGGGAAUCCAACAUCAAAUAAUGAUGACGCCUCUGAUGCUUUUGGUGGUAACGAUGAAGCUCUUAGUGGUGCAGUUUGUGAUGAAAGCAAAGGUGUAGAAAAUGACGACCACCAGAUGAUGAAUACAGCUACCAACGAUGGUUCUAUUGAAGUUAAUCCUAAAUUACAAGACUACGACAUCAAUGAUACCUUUAGUGGUAAACUGGGUGAAAAUGGUAACACAAACAGUAGUGAUGCUCGUGACACACAUAAUAAUGAUACUAGUGACACGCACAGUAGUAAUACUGGUAGUACACAUGGUGAAGUUCUGAAUAUCUCAGUAGCCGGAAGCGAGUUAGAAGAUGUCUGCACUCUCAAGUUUUCUACGGACGUCACUGAAGCUAAAUCUAGCGCUUGUAACGACAAACCCAAUGAAGGUUUGGCUCCCACAGUCACCAAACCAAAGCACAUCAACACUGAACAGACCAAAGACCCAAGCCAAUUAGCUGAUUAUGUGAACAUCCAACAAUUAAGUGGGAAGUUAACCAACACUGCUAUAGUAUGUAACGCUUCGAAUAACAUUGAUGACUUAACCAAUCUCGGAGCUAACAGCCGUGUUUAUGAUAACACGAAUGGCAAAUUACAACACUUUGCAACAAAUGUUAACGUUUCUCAUGACACAAUUACUGAUUUACCACGAGAUGCUAACACCAGCUGUGACUCUGGUAUUUUCACUGGUAACUUCUCCGAUGUUACCAAUACAAGUGGAGACUGUGAAGAUAUCACAUAUGGUCUAUCUAGUGACGACACGAACGCUGAAGACUACAAUGGUGCCUUAUCUCAGACUUCCAGUCAAGUAUCUUACCCUGGUUCACAAGGCACCACUGCAGAAUCUAACACAGAGUUCAAAGGUCAACCACUUGAGGAAGUGCUGUUUGAAAUUCAGCAACAAAGAGAAAUCAACAGGAAACGAAAUGAAGAACUCAAACGCUCACUGGAAGGGAAGAUUGCCUCCAUACCACAAGAGCCUUUAAUCUUUCUGGACACUGAUAGAAACAUUCAUUACGACGGGCAUGGUAAAGUCAUUGAUGUAAAAGUAAUUGAAAACAAAACUAGCGAAACAAAUACGUCGGUAGACAGUGGGAGGCGCAAUAAGGAAAAGCGCAAUGCAAGAAGGAAAGGGGAGGCCCACACAGAGAACAACGUCCGUCAGUGUUCAUAUGAGCCAGUGUUUCAGCCAAUGGUUAUGAGACAGACGUAUGUAGCCGCUGCUCCAUCAUCCACACAGCGAACAGCAGUUUCAGCUCAACAAUCCACGCAGCAAACAGCAGUGUCAGCUCCACUUUUUACUCAGCGAACAGCAGUGUCAGCUCCACUUUCCACUCAGCGAACAGCCGUGUCUGAUCCACCAUCCAUUCAGCGAACAGCAAUGUCUGCCCAACCAUCCACUCAGCGAACAGCAACGUCAGCUCCACAAUUCACUCAGCGAACAGCAGUUUCAGCUCAACAAUUCAUACAACCUGCAAUAAAUUCACCCCCUCAAGAUGGACUGGAAAAUGUUGAGUCAGUUUUCCCAAAUAGACAAGCAAUCAAACAGGCGGUUUUACAUGAAAGAAACGCGCAGGUAGAAAUAGUUUCUCGUGAUGGAAAGCCUUGCGCAGGAAUAAAACAAAAAGAAGUAGUUCCUCACAAUAAAAAUCAAGACGUAUCAAAAGAGUUAAAAGGCAGGAAAAGAAAAUAUGAAGACAUGAGAUUAAGAAAUCUAGUGAAUGUAAAGACAUUAGAAGUCAGACAGCUGCCUAUACACCGGAAAGAGCAAGACGAAUCAAAUUUGCCUGUUCACCUAACUGACAGAAAGAUCGUGCAUCAACCUGUUCAGGAAAGUGAAAGAAAUGUCACACAUCAACCUGUUCAACAAACGACAAGAGAGAUCUCGCAUCAACCUGUUCACCAAACGACAAGAGAGAUAUCACAACCACUGCAGGCCACAGCACCACCCUGGCCGGGUGAGGCUCAUGACGUCAUCCAACCAGCCCCAAACCCAGUUCCAGCACGAUCGAGCAGCAUGACCAGGCUGUAUCCGGUCCUCCCUACACUUGUGGAAGGUCAAGAAUGGGCUCAAAGAAACACCAUACCAUCAUACACUACACCACAACAUGAAAUGUCAAACGUGGCUUUAUCAACAAACCCACUCUCGAUUAUUCACCAAACCACCAACCCUCAACAUUUAAACCCUCAUAUUUUAAUUACAAAUGAAGAAAACACGGCUAUGUACCGCUACAAUAAUUUCACUACUGAAGCCGAUCCAAGAGCUGAUUUCGUAACACCACUGGCAGACAACACCGGCGACAACUACCAAGUGUGGUACACCAGCCAACAACAACGACCAAUUUCAGGACAACCUGAAGAUGGUACUCCACAUGUGUUCAACGGAAAGCCACCAUUAACCCAAGGAAAUAUUUCGAAGGAAAGAAGUUUAAAGGGUCAAGUCCCUAACUACCUACCAUUUAGCAUCAUUGCUACAUUAGUGUGUUGUUUCCCAGUAGGAGCAAUAGCCCUUUGCUUUGCAGUGCAGGCUAAGAAGGAAGAGAAACUGGGCCACUUGGCGAGAGCGAGAUAUUCUGCAUCAAGGGCCAGGCUAUCCUGUGUGAUAGCCGUUCUGUUUGGUCUGGUAUUGUACGCUGUCUUGCUUUAUUUCGUGAUUACUAACGUCACGAAGACGAUGAGAUCGUUGUAAAGAAUGUUUGGUAUGAUUGUACCAGCUUGUUAUGAUUGUACUAGCUUGUUAUGUGUUGUACCAACUUGUUAUGAUUGUAACCAGUUUGUUAUAAUUUUAACAAAUUUAUUAUGUUUUGAACUAGGUUGUUAUGAUUUAAACAACUUUGUUAUGAUUUGAACCAGCUUGUUAUGAUUUGAACCAGUUUGUUAUGAUUUCAACAAGUUUGUUAUUAUUUGAACAAAUUUGUUAUGAUUUGAACAAAUUUGUUAUUAUUUGAACCAGUUUGUUAUGAUUUGAACCAGUUUGUUAUGAUUUGAACAAGUUUGUUAUGAUUUGAACCAGUUUGUUAUGUUUUGAACCAGUUUGUCGCAAAAAUUUAUAUAAAGAAAACAACAAAAAACUUUAUUUGUAUAUUGUAAGAAAAAAUUAAAAAAAUAAAACACUAUAUUUUUACAUAAAAGUAAACUCGCAUAUUCUAUAUAUUUUAUUCGCAUUAAAAAGGAUGUUCCUUAAAAAAGAAAAUAUAACAAUUUUUAUUUUAGAAAACAAUAAAAAAAAGUCUGGAUCUGUCAAAAUAAUAAACGGCAAGACUUUUUUUUUUAACAAAGCAAUCAACACCUUUUUUUGGAAGGAGCGAUUAAUAACGUUGCUUGAAUAAAAAAACUGAAUUUUUUAUUUAGAAAAAUAAAAAAAAAGAAACGAAAAAAAAGACUUUAAAUCAACGAAACAAUAAACAAAUUUACCUAACACUUAAACAAAAGAAAAAAUACGACUAAAAUGAUUUAACAAAACAAAAAGCAUGUGAAGAAACAAAAAAAAUAUUUUACUUAAACAAAAUAAAAGCAUAUUCCGUGACACUCUUCAGUUAUACAAAUCCUAUUAAUCAACUUAUUUUUUUCUGAAUGUGAUGGUACUAUUAUUUAUUGCUAUGCCUUUUUAAAGUAAUUUUUUUGAAACUCUAAAUAUUACUUUUAAAUAACCAUAUGUUUGGCAUAUAUCUAUGGAAUUAUUAAAGCAAUAAACGUUA